AUGGAGUCCGCCAUUCGCUUCUCGCAGAACUCCCUGCCGGGGAUCGAUCAGAGGUUCUUAUACGUGGACGUGACGGGCAAAACAUUUAGACUCUGCAAGAUCACCAAGGAAAGUAGGGCCAAGGUUCAAUAUGAGGCGGUCUGCACAUCGACAAAGGUGCCGGCUUUCCGAGCCUUCGACUGGCACCCGGUGAACGAGGAGCUGGUUGUUGUUGGACAAGCCGGUGGUGAAGCCACACUCUUGAACAUAGCCGAGAGUCAGCAAGACUCGCUCUCGUUCCAAGUGAGGAGUCAGCGGUUAUGUAAUUCCGUGGCCCUCAAUACUCAGAAUCUGUUGGCGGCUGGACUCGACAAGGUCCGGACAGACUUUUGUUUGAACAUCUGGGAUUUCAACCAGCGUCUUCCUGCCCCAGGAAGUAAAGGCUUCUCGAAGAACUACUCGGAUCCUCUUCACAAGCUUGCAAGUGGAGAGCCAAUCACCAGCUUGAAGUUCUUUCAAGAUGAUCCCCAUCUCCUGGUGGCAGGAGUCAAGGGCCAAUUUGUCAGACUGUAUGACCUGAGAGAGCCGAGCGUCGGGAACGGGCUGCAGUUUGCGACACGUUGUGUGCAUAAUCUGGCCAUUGAUUGGCGCGACGAGAAUUAUUUUGCGUCCUGCUACCCUACAAACGAUCCGUCAAUAUGUAUUUGGGACAGGCGCAUGAUCAGCCGCGUCAAUGCUCCGCACUUGAGUUUUGGUGGCGGAUCGAACUCUGACAAUCGACAGCCAGAGGUCUCGCUGGAGCUGAAGAAUGUGAUCGAAAGCCCUGGCACGAUUUGGAGUUUACGCUUUUCCAAGGCUGAACGAGGCUGUCUGGGUGUCCUUUCGAGCACUGGACACAUGAAAGUGUUCAACAUCACCAAAGAUUUCAUGAACGACACGCGCAAUGUCGAGCAGGAUACGGGCAACGACCUGUCUUGGGAAACGACAGCGCCCCACGAUGUCUUUCUCGACCGUGCCCAAGAAGUCGCGAAAUCAUAUUCACGUCCUUCCGUCCAGCAUGAUGAAAAGUCUAGAAUCGUCUCAUUUGACUUCAUGACAUCGACCACGAAAUCAGGACAAUCUAAGAUCUUGGGUCUUGAUGGAUACGGAAGCAUUCGAGUCACUUCGACCAACCCCUUACCAGAACCGACGGCUUUCUCUAGUGUUGGCUUUCUCUGCAAGGGCGAAUUGGUUGUCGGGCGGCCUGCGGCAGAACCUCUUGAACCGAGCCAUACUCUGGAACAAAUCCGACGACAUGCGCAACCACGGAACGUGCUCAAACAGGCGUUCAAGCAGUCUCGCCAGAAUAAAGCCGCUCUUGACAAGAGGAAAAUGUCCAGUCUGGAUGAUCAAGCGUGGCACGCCGAUCUAGGCUAUUACGAGAAGGAUGUACCGCUUGCAGAUAUCCUGACAUUGAUGUCGGCGCAACGAUUGCGCUGCAAAGCCGGCUAUUUGUUGGACCCAUCCAGGAACAAAGCCAUCGCUUCUGAUUCUCACUGGUUACAAUCGUUUUGGGCAUGGGUCGAACGUGCGACUAAGAUCUCGAGGAACGGCAAUAUGACACAGGACAACUUCGAUUUCUCCUACAUUGGCGUAUGCGGUCUCUGGAUGGAAGAUAUCAAGGGCAAGAAUCGGACGUUGGGCCCCAGCUCCAACCAAAUGGCCAAAACCAUUGAGAGUUUGGUUCGUCGCCUGAACAUCGCCCCGGUGAAGGGCUCACCAUCAGAAUAUGCUGCUAACAGGCAACUUUGCUUGCACUCCGCUGGAUUGGCCUGGUCUUAUGAAGAACUUGAGACCAUGGUCAAACGGCUCGUAGCGCAAAAUCAACAUACCAAGGCGGCGGCGCUGGCCAUGUUCGCCCUGGAACGAAAACUUGCAUACAAGGCGCUUCGCAGCAAAAACUCCACCCAAUCUCUCAAGAUGCUUGCAAUGGCCAUAGCAGGCGCUGCGAGGAGGAGAAAUGGUGAUGAAACAGGCACAACUACCGGCGAAGAGUCAGAUGCUCAAGACGACUGGGCCGACACCAUCGCCUCAUUGGCCGAGGAUCUGACUGACCCGUAUGCGCGUGCCAUCCUCGCUUAUGUCAAGACGGGAGACUGGGCAAAUGUUGCCAGGGAAGGAUCUCUCCCACUUAAAUACCGAGUCUGUGUGGCCCUCCGACAUUUUGAUGAUGACGCCCUCACACGGUAUAUCUCUCAAGCAACCCAAAACGCCGUAGAGGAGGGUGACAUCGAAGGGAUCGUACUUACGGGAACUGGCACGCAGCAGGGGUUUGACCUGAUGACGGGCUAUAUCCAGCGCUUUGGAGACUUACAGACUGCCGUGCUGGCUCUUGCGCCUACGAUACCACGAUAUGUUGACGGUGAAAAAGUUGUGCGCAAAUUCGACGGCUGGAAGAACACUUACAGGAACAUGAUCAAUAGCUGGAAUCUCAAAUUCGAGCGAGUACGGUUCGACAUUGCAUGCCAGAAAGCUGCUGUUGACGAGGGUGGCAGACGACUUAUCCCGCCUGCAAAACAGCAAGUACGCCUGGUCUGCGGGUUUUGCGCCCAAAGCAUAGCUCAUACAGCCGGGACGAAUGGCGACAGCGGUCCGGGCAACAAAGUUGUCGAAACGGCACAACAUCCUUUGACAAAGGAGAAGGCCGCAGCAAUUGGGACUGUCUGCCCCAACUGUGGUCGACAUCUGCCACGGUGCGGCGUGUGCGACUUCUGGCUCGGCGUUCCGGACGAGUCCUACAUGCCUUGGUACGGGCCGCAACAAGCAUCGAAACUUAAUGGGGUGACAGACAUGAGUGCUAGCAUGACUGGCAGCAUCCAAACCACGAUAGGGCCAGGGCCGGGGCCUGUGAAUGGAGCCUCAAAGGGGACCGAGUCGCCCAGGUUGAGGCAGCCAAUGCAAACGCCGAACACUUCGAAGAAAUCAACUGCAACAGGGUCCUCAACACCCACGGCCAUCCCUCCUUCCCAUACAAGUUUAAGUGAUGCUGUCCGCAGCCUUACCGGGACCGUGCCUUUACUCUCCGGUAUGGACGACGACGACGAGGGACAGGAGAUGUCUCAAAUUUGGGAUGUUGCUAUGUCCAGAUUCACGGUGCUGUGCUUGAAAUGCUCACACGGUUGUCAUGCUGGUCAUGCAAGGAUGUGGUUCGAACGACAUCAGGUGUGUCCCGUACCAGAGUGCAGCUGUUUGUGCAAUGCAUGA